AUGUUUUUCCGAGGAGUGAAACAAUAUUGUGCAUUGCAGAAGAGUUUGCACGUUACCAGGAAUUUACAAGUCAUGAUUGAAAGUGCUGGAAAAGAUAGAGAAGAAAAUUUGGAAAGAUAUUGGACUGGCAUGGCGAUGGAAAGAGCUUCAAAAGCAUUGAUUACAAAACAAUUGAGGAAUUUGCUGUGUGGAUUGUUUGUGAAUGCGAGUAGUAUUUAUUUCUCUGAUGUGAAAUUGUCAGUUGACUUUAUUUCGGCCAUGUUUUGUGAUGUGAAGAAACCAACGAAAAAGAAGAAGGUGGAAAAUGAUGACGAUGAGGAAUUGUCAUUCAAGCAUCGAAGUGUUUUUGAAGUUAUUGAGAAAUUAUCCUUCCUUUCAUGUGAAUUUGAGGAAGGGGUCAUGGAGUGGAUUACAAAGAAAUUCAAAGCUAUUGAUACAUUAGUAUUCAAGAGAUGUAAAUUGAAAUAUUUUCCAUCUAGUUGCUAUUUACCUGUUGCCUUUCUUUCUCAACCACUCAAUGCAAAGAAGUGUAAAUUUUAUGAUAGUAUGAGAUUUUUAGUAGUUGAGAAUUUUGAGACAUUUGUUUCAGUCAAUUUGGAAAGAUACAAGACAGAAGAGGAAAAACAAUUUAUUGAAAAAUAUAUUAAUUUGACACCUGAAUUGUUAUCUAGUGGUACUUCAAUUAAUGAUGGAGAGCAAACUGCCUAUUUCCAUUAUCCGCCACCUGAAAAAAUUAAUGAAACUUUAUCAUUGAUUCCAGAACAUGUAAUUUUAAUUUGCUUUCAAGCAGAAAAAACCAGUAUAUUCGCCAGUACAAUCUUGAGAAGGAUUCAUUGGAGAGAUUCGGCAAAAGAUUUAAAAUUAUUUAGAAUGGUGGACAGCUCAUUUUCACUUACUCCAAUUUUGGGAUUCGAUCUCACCAAUGGUAAAUUGGAGAACAAGAAAACAACAGCUGAAAUUAUGGACAUUUUCUAUAUGGGAUUUAAUUUUUGGAAUUGUUCGAAAUCAGAUCAUAUUCAAUAUUUGGUAGUUAUUAUACUCCACUACUAUGAAGAUGAUGAGCUUAUCAAAUUUUUGAGAUUUAAAGGAUUGAAUGUUGACAUGGAAUAUUUUGAAGAACCUGAUGACAAAUAUUACGAAUUCUCAAGAAUUGGAGUCAUUUUUGCAAUUUUAGAAAUUUCUAAAAGAAUGAACGUUCUCACUGAUAGCUUGAAGAAAUAUUUUGAAAAGAAUAGUGCUAACUUUGCUCAAUCAGUUAGAAACAACUUUGUGAAUAUGAAUUCCUGGACUCUCAGUAAUUACUCAGAGGAUCAAAUUGAGUUUAUUCAAUAUCUAGUAGAGAAGAAGAUUCUUUCAGAUUCCUACACGAAACAAAUCAAUGAAUACAAGAGUAAGGAUACAACUCUGGAACCAGCGUUGAAGAAACGAAAGAACUAG